AUGGAACAAGUCAGAACAAGUCUAUCCAGGUUGACUGGGCCAAAAAUUAUACAGCCAAUGCUAAAUUCCAAGAAUCCAAGGCCAGUUGCCCCAGUUGAAGGAGAAAAUUUGUCGUUCGAAGACAGUAGAUCUCUAAAAUCUGUCGACUCUACCGAAGGUAUCGCUUUAAUUAAAACCCAUAGAAUGAUUCAGAUCCCAGUAGCUGAUACUGGAUCUAAUAUACAGCAUUUCCACUCUGUUUCUUCCCAAUUCUUUGAUUUAAAUAUCCCGAUCAAGUUCACCGUUGAGCCAAAACUUGAAGAUACCCCAUUGCCGAAAUUAAAUCAGCUUUUAAUGUCUAAAUGCAAUAUGUGUUGUCAAAUUUGCAAUUUCAACGAUCCUGAAAUUCAGAAAGAAGACAAACAGCAGAAAACAGAGAUUCUUCAAGAUAUAUUUAAGACUAUAUGCAACAUGGAUGUCAUCGCUCAACUUACAGAAGCUGAAUACCACGCGAUCUACAAGAUGUUCAUGAAAAACGUCAUUCGAACAUCGCCAGCCGCACCGAUCAUUUGGUUUUCACCAAUUAAUACAGAUCUUUGUCAGGAAAUGGUUGAAGAAGCGGCUUGGCCACAUUUAGCCCUUUGUUAUGAUAUUUUGAAUUCGUUAAUUACGAGUCCGAAAUUUUAUCCAACGAAUUGUCCAAAGGAAGUUAAUACAUUAGCAAAAACCAUCGUAGAAAUCUUUCAUUCCCCUGAUUCCCGCGAAAGAGACAAACUAAUGAAAUUAUUCCACAGUUUCUACAGAGUUUGCAGCAAGCACCGAUCUAUAAUGCGUCAGUCUGUUUACCGCUUCUUGAAUGACUACUUGGAAGGUGCUUGUUUGGCUGUCGGAGUAAGCGAAUUAUUAACUGUUACAUUUUCCAUCGUAAGUGGUCUCAAAGUACCUCUACAUGAAGAAUAUACCGAUUUCUUCGAAGAAAUAAUUGCUCGUCUCCAUGGAGAUCCAUUGACCCUUCAGUUCCAACGUCAAUUAUUUAAUGUGGUCAAUACUUUUUGCAAUAAGCAAGCAACGUUAUCGUUUAUACUUCUUGCAUAUCUACGCAGGCAUUGGCCCUCUACAUCUCCUAUGAAGGAAGUCCUGUUUCUCUCAGAAGUUGAAAAUCUUAUUCAAUAUAUCCCGACACAAGGAGCCCUUGAGCAAAUAAAUAACUUGACAACAAUCAUCAGUCGCUGCUCAUGCAGUGAUAACUUCGCAGUUGCGGAAAGAGCAUUGAUGAUGUGGCAAAAUGAAAAUUUUGCAAAUUUGAUUCUUUCCUAUUCAUUGACAACCUUCCCAAUAUUACUACCUGCCUUAUUUAAGACAGCUAACUACCAUUGGUGCCAAUCUGUUUGCACAUUAGCUGUAUAUGUCUUAAGAUUACUGAAAGGUGGCGAUCCAUCAGCUUUCGAUGACAUUGGCGGCAAGAUGAAGAACGCAGAAUCAGAACGCGUCGUCAAAGAAAUCGAAAGAGGCCAUACUUGGCAAAGAAUUCUAAAUGCUCACGCAGAAAGUGAAGAGCAUAAAGAAAAAGUGCUUAAAGAAAUUGCAAUGAGCUACAUAGGUAAUGAAAAUGCCCUUAAGAAAGCUCAGCAACAACAGCAAAAUAAUAAUAACAAUUCAGGAAUGAAUUUGCAAUUACAUACGUUCCAAGCGAAUUCAUCGAAGGUGUUAAGUCCAGUAAAGAUCAUGGAUCCGAAGAUCGGAAGCCCUUCAAUGCACGGAUCUGGAAUUAAUCAUAGAACAAGUCAAGGAAACUUAAUGCCUCGUAGACUAGGAGAUCUACCACCACCAAAGUUAAUAGCAGGAAAAAGAAAGAAGUAUACAAUAUGA